AAAAAAAAAAAAAAACAUAAAAACAAGGUCGGGACGCCGGCCCAGACCCUCAAACCCUAGUAACCAGCUGUACCUCUUUGUCUCUGAGCCACAGCUGUUACUCUGAUCAGCCCCAGCAAUGGCGAGGAAGCGAAAGCUAGGUUCCAAAUCCGCCGAGGCAACCGAACCCCCGAAGAAGCAACAGCAGAAAGAAGAGGAUCGUACCCACUUCGAAGCUGAGGAAGACCAAGAAGACGACGAAUACGUAUACGAAUACGAGUACGAAUACGAAGAAGAUGAAGAAGAAGAAGAAGAAGACGAAGGAGAAGACGAAGGAGAAGAAGAAGAAGAAGAGGAUGAAGAGGAAGAAGACGAGGAUCCCUAUAAACCCCAGAAUGCCGACAAUCAGACGGCGAACACCUCCACGUCAGCUGCUCCUGCGACUUCGAGGAGAGAUCGAGACGACGAGGAUGAUGACGACGACCCCAUACAGAUGGUUCUUGAACCAUUCAGCAAGGAUCAGAUUAUAAACCUGCUCUGCGAAGCAGUGCAUAAGCACCCGGACGUGGCGGAUCGGAUCCAAAAGGUUGCGAAUGAGGAUCCGGCACACCGCAAGAUCUUCGUCCACGGCCUCGGAUGGGACACGAACACCGAGACCCUCUCCAACGCGUUCAAGCAGUACGGCGAGAUCGAGGAUUGCAAGGCCGUGUGCGACAAGGUCUCUGGCAAAUCCAAGGGCUACGGUUUCAUCGUCUUCAAGACCCGCAGCGGGGCCCGGAAGGCCCUCAAGCAGCCCCAGAAGAAGAUCGGCAACCGGAUGACCGCGUGCCAGCUGGCCUCGAUGUUUCCAGCCCCACAGCCGAGUGCCACCGCGGCGGCCCCCACGCCACCCCAGUCGGAAUAUGCGCAGAGGAAGAUAUACGUGAGCAAUGUUGGGGCUGAGUUGGAUCCUCAGAAGCUGCUUACGUUCUUCUCCAAGUACGGAGAAAUUGAGGAAGGGCCACUGGGGCUCAAUAAGAUGACUGGGAAGCCCAAGGGGUUUUGUUUGUUCAUGUACAAGACGGUUGAGAGUGCCAAGAAGGCUCUGGAAGAGCCACACAAGAAUUUUGAGGGCCAUGUAUUGCACUGUCAGAAGGCUAUUGAUGGUCCGAAGCCGCACAAGUCUCAGCAUCAUCAGCUUCAGUCUCAGCAUCUUCAGUAUCAGCACCAUCAGCUUCAGUAUCAGCCUCACCAGAACCCUCACAACGGCCAAUUCCAGAGGAAUGAGAACUCCAUUCUAGUUGGUGGAGCCUCAGCGGCUGCACCGGGUCACUUGAUGGCUCCAUCUGCCGGAGCUGGGAUUGGGUUAAAUCAGGGGGCUCCAGCGGCUCAGGCGUUGAAUCCUGCGCUUGGGCAGGCAAUAGCAGCAUUGCUUGCAAGUCAAGGUGCCGGGUUGGGCCUGACUAACCUGUUGGGGACGCUGGCAUCGGCUGCGGCGGUGAACCCCGGUGUGCCUGCAGCGGGGCAUGGGACACAGGGUGCUUAUCCGAACCAGGCUAAUAUAAGCCCGGGACUGAUUGGAGGGUAUGGGAAUCAAGGAGGAAUGCAGGGUGGAUACCCCAACCCGCAGACUCAAGGUGGUUCCGGGAGAGGCCAGCAUGGUGUCGUUCAAUAUGGUGGCGUUAAUCCUUAUACGGGGCAAUAGGUGUCCCUCAGGUCAGUGCUCUUUGCCAACUAUGGAGUAUCCCUCUACAACUAUCUUUGCGAUGUCUCAAGAUCAUGUAUGUUCAUCAACUACAUUUGAUAUUGGUGCAGAUAGCAUCAAUGCCUAUCGAACUCCCCAAAGCUGCUGUGAUUUGUGUGGUGCUGUCUUUUUGUGAUGAUUUAAUGCACUAAUAUGGUUGUCUGUAGUCGUAAAUGGCUGUGUGUGGUUAUAAUGCAGUGAUCUUUUGACUACUUUGAUGUUGAAGAUUCAAUGCUCCUUUAUGUUAAUCAGACAAUGAUGGUGGGGAAUAGACAUUAGCAGACAAUUGUGAUUUAGUCAUACUAUUGUUUUAAAUGUACAAUAUUGAUAUCUAGUGAAGGAUUAAUAUUCUUCUGAAUAUACUCCCUUGUUAUUAUGGGCC